CUACUCUAGUCUCUAGAGCGUUUAUGUCUUUUUCUGUUUGCGACUGUCUCCGCACGCUGGUUUCUCUUUAUACCAUCCUAAAAGGCUAAAACCCUAAACCCUAAAAACCUUAUAACAAAUUGAAUUUUCCCCUGUAUCAUUUCUUCCGCCAUUAACGUCAAUGGUACUUCGUAGAUGUUAAAACGGUUACACGAAGCAGAAGAAAAUUCAACAUGUCACCUUUCACCUUCACUUCAACUUCAAGAUUCAGAGGAAGUUUCAAUAAAUCGGACAUACUUUUUGGGAAUAGUCGCAAGUGGAUUCAUUCUUAUGAACACAAGAUACACAAUCGUACUCCCACUCCUCCAUUUGGUGGUACAUAUGAUGUUACUCAAGCAAGUUGCUUUCGGCACUGGUUCAAGAACUGGCAGGAGCUAAGAAAGAACAAACUGACUGCAAGCACUUUUGGCCAGGCAAUUGGGUUUUGGCCUCGUAGGAGAGUUCAAUUAUGGGAAGAGAAGAUAGGGGCCAAAGAACCCUUCUCUGGUAACAUUGCGACCGGGUAUAACAAUAUCUAUGAGGAGGAAGCUCUGGAAAGGUAUAAGUUAGCAACUGGCAGGUCAGUUUUGAUUCCUAAAUUUCAGAUUCUUAGUAACAAUAACUUGAAAGAUGAUUGGCUUGCUGCCUCUCCUGACGGGGUCGUUCAAGAAAAUUUUUAUGGUUUGCCAUCAGAAGGAGUGUUGGAAAUUAAAUGCCCUUAUUUUGAAGGUGAUAUUAACAAAGCUUUCCCUUGGAAGCGGAUCCCGCUUUAUUGCAUGCCACAAGCACAAGGUUUGAUGGAGAUACUUGAUAGGGAUUGGAUGGAUCUUUAUGUUUGGACUAAAAAUGGAAGUAGUUUGUUUAGGCUGGAUAGAGAUGGGGAAUACUGGAAUGUGAUAAAGUUAGCUUUAGAUGAUUUUUGGUGGAAUCAUGUCCUGCCAGCAAAGGAGCUGUACAAUGAGUCUAAAAUAACUGAUCCCUUGACUCAGUUAAGGUCGCUAAAACCAGAACCCCGGCAUGAAUUAUGUAGUUACAUAGUUUAUGAAAGCAAGCGCCUUGUGGACAAUGAAUCUAGGCUAUUGUGGCGUGAAAUUCAUGGUAAAAUACAAUAUUGUUGAAGUCUGUAUUGUGUCACCUAUUCAUGAUAGCUAUUGCUUGAGCCGAGAAUGACAAGGGAGGUAAGGUGGAUCUUAUUGAAGAAAUCCCAGCCCAAAUCAUCCAUUUGGGUUCUAUGUUGAGUCAUUGGAAGUGUUACAUUCAGCUGUAAUGAGCAAGCUUUUGUCCAAGGAUCAGCUUGAGGAUAACUUUAUCAAGUAUGAGAUUCUUUCUCUUCUCUGAGCAUUAUGGCUGAUGACUGAUUUGAUUAAGCAAAUGGCAGUUCCAGCUUCGUACAGCAUUUUCUGGUGGUUUGGCUUUAAAGAUACGACCCUAGGGUUCUUAUCUGAUGUUUGAAGUGAUCCAGCACCGCUUUCUCAUGACCCAUUGGGAUUUAUUUAAUUCUAUCAUUAUUGUAGAGCACUCAUGUAUUGAGAGACGUACACUUUUUUUUGAGCAGUUGAGACAAAUGCUACAUCUGGUUAUCUUAAUUUUGCAAUGCAGUCAUCUGGAAGAAAAACCUAGGAUUGAGCAAGAUAAUGGACAUGUUGCUUCCAAUCCCCUCAGAAAGACAUAACAAACUUAGCAAGCACUGUUUAUGGUAAGUGGCUUGUGUAUCUUGUCAGAAAGAGCUCAUGCUGCAGUGGUAUGUAUAUCUUGUCAGAAAGAGCUCAUGCUGCAGUGGUAUGUACAUCUUGUCAGAAAGAGCUCAUGCUGCAGUGGUGUGGUGUAUCUUGUCAGAAAGAGUUCAUGCUGCAGUGGUGUGUAUAUCUUGUCAGAAAGAGCUCAUGCUGCAGUGGUGUGGUGUAUCUUGUCAGAAAGAGUUCAUGCUGCAGUGGUGUGUAUAUCUUGUCAGAAAGAGCUCAUGCUGCAGUGGUGUGGUGUAUCUUGUCAGAAAGAGUUCAUGCUGCAGUGGUGUGUAUAUCUUGUCAGAAAGAGCUCAUGCUGCAGUGGUGUGGUGUAUCUUGUCAGAAAGAGUUCAUGUUGCAGUGGUGUGUGUAAGCCAGAGACGAGAAACCCGGAAGAACAGUUUCAGAAAGAAAGUGGCUUGGUUACAAGUUGCAGUCGCUCUAAAGGCGUUUCUUUUCAUAGAAUCCGAUUGGCUUUCCUGGAUCACAAGUGAUUCGUAUUGCUGUGCUAUGUUGUUUUUGCCUUUCCUGGAUCAGAAGUGAUUGGUAUUGCUGUGCUAUGUUGUUUUUGCCCUUUAUUACUCGCCCUUUUCGGCCAUGCCUAUGUGUUAUAUAUCAUUGUGUCCAUAAUGGAUUUAUUUUUGUGAUUUACGGAUUAUAUACGAAGUAUAUUGUUAAUACAGACUACUUUAUAUUAUAAAAAUACGAAUUUAUA